AUGGACCACCCACUUCAUCCUGCCACUGUACACUGGCCCAUUGCUGCCAUUUCACUGACUGGUGGCCUCGACCUUCUCCAUGCGGCGGCUACAAGUCCUAUGACUUCGUCCUAUGUUGCGGCAGCGGCAAAGAGCAUACAAUUUCAAAUCCCUCUCAGCAUGCUACCGACCCUCUCCCACUAUACCACGAUUGCUGCGCUCGUAACCAUGGUUCCUUCAAUUGUGUCCGGAGGCUCGCAACUGCUGCCCCUGAUCCAAAGGGAUGGAUUGAGCACAUCCAAGGCAAAAACCGGGGUGCUUCACGCUGCCAUGAACGACGUCGUGUUCGCAGCGUUGACCUACAAUUGGUGGACGAGGCGCAACAUUCCUGGCUUCACACCAACUCCGCUCAACUUGGCAUUGAGCGGCUUGGUAGCGAUGCCAAUGGUCUUGUAUUCUGCGAAGCUUGGAGGUGAUCUGGUGUAUACUUACGGAAUGGGUAUCGGAAGUUCGAAAGCGAAGAAGUCGCAAUAG